UGCUUGCUGCGGAAUUUCCCUAGUCUGUGAGUCACCCGUUAACCCCUCGCGCGCCGGUGGCCCAGGCCAGGCCAUGGAGAAGGGCUGCGUUGCAAGAAUCCACCUGAUUCAGCAUAGCAAGGGUGCAGGCGGCUGAGCUCAGCCCAGAGAGAGGAAGAGUAAGAAGGAGGGGGCGGCAGAGACAACAGGGAGAGAAGCAGGGAGGGGGGCUUGUUUUUGCUCUGUUCCAGUUAUGGGAAGUACAGUAUGAACUGUGCACUUAGUAGAGAGAAACAGGGAGGACCAGACAGAGAGGCGCAUCAGGCGGCGGCGCGAGAGGCGAAAUACCGACGCCGCUUACGAAACGAAAGCUCAACGACGCACUCCGUAUUCUACACCGUAAUCGGAAGAAGCGGACGCACGCCUUAAAAAAAAUAAUUAAAAAAGUCAACCAAGAGGGGGGCCCUAAGCCGAUCGGAGUUCUGGAACUCGCCAGCGAUGUCUCAUGAUAUAGCCGCUGAGACCCCCAAAGUGCACGACAACCCGCAGCACACAGUCUAUGUCCUGGUGGGAUCCAGCGCUGACAGCAUCCAGCUGCUCAGGUAACAGCGAGAUACAUCUGAGCCCCAUCUUGCCCGAGUCUGGGAUUGUCGCCGACAUUGACGUUGAGACGGCGCUCGAGCCCAGCGAGGAGCAAUUCUACCAGCUGAAGAGCCAGCCCAUCUCUUCUAGUCAGGCCCCAUCGGAGUCCCCUCAAUCCUCUUUUCAGACGCCGGGAACAAUGUCGUCACGUAUCCUUCUCCGGCAGCAGCUCAUGCGGGCUCAGGCCCAGGAGCAAGAGAGACGGGAACAAGAGCAGAAAAUGGCCCAGAUCAGCGCACCGUCUCCUGCCAUCAGUGUCAGUGCCGGCAGCCGCCCCACCCCGGCACAGGUGCCCCUGGAGGUCCUAAAGGUUCAGACCCAUUUAGAAAAUCCGACAAAGUACCACAUUCAGCAGUCUCAGAGGCAGCAGGUCAAACAGUACCUGUCCACCACCAUGGGGACCAAGAUGCCCUUACAUACCUCUGCCCCGAGUACCACGACGAUUAACGCUCCCUCUGCCGGAGUAUCACCCCAGCCUGAACAGAACCCGCUCCCUAUGGCCAGCAGUGCUCCGAAUAGUCCUCUGGCAAUGCUAAAAAUUGGAUCUAAUUCUGAAAAAGAGAUUGAUGACGUCAUCGAUGAGAUCAUAAGCUUGGAGUCCAGCCUCAAUGACGAAUUUAUGGGCUAUGUGGAGAGAGGGAACCUACCUAGCACACUUCCUGGGUCUGGUAAUCUCUUGGACAUGUUUUGCGCUACUGGAAUGACCACUCCUGGCAUCACCGUCAGCAACUCCUGCCCGGCCGACCUACCAAACGUUAAAAAAGAAUAUUCAGAUCAAGAGGCGAAAGCAUUCAUAAAGGAGCGGCAGAAGAAAGAUAACCACAAUCUGAUUGAACGUCGUCGAAGAUUCAACAUCAAUGAUAGAAUCAAAGAACUCGGGACACUCAUCCCAAAAUCCAGUGACCCGGAGCUGCGCUGGAACAAAGGAACCAUCUUGAAGGCCUCAGUAGAGUACAUCCGGAAGCUACAGAAAGAUCAGCUGAGAGUCCGUGAGAUGGAGGGCAGGCAGCGUAAGCUGGAGCACAUGAACCAGAACCUGCUGCUGCGCGUACAGGAAUUGGAAAUGCAGGCCCAGAUGCAUGGGAUCCCGACCGUUCCACACUCCACCUUGUCAGCAGAUGUUCCCAAAGUAGAGCCAAUGUCCGAAGUGUUGUCAAGAUUUGUCGGCCAGCCCACGCGGCCUUUGGACCCCUCCACCCUAGACCUGGGCACCUUGCACUUCGCAGACCAGCUUAAUGACUUAGUUGACCAGAGCCUCAAUUUCCAGCUGAGCCUGACUGGGGACUCGGCCAUUGCGGACAUUCUUAUGGAUGAUGUCAUGUCUCCGCUAGGAGGAGCCGAUCCUCUUCUUUCCUCUGUGUCUCCUGGAGCGUCUAAGACCAGCAGCCGCCACAGCAGCUUCAGCAUGGAGGACGACUCUUGAUCAGUCUGCAGACGUCUGACUAUACCAAUAUGACUCCAUUAGUUCCUUUCUGUCAGAUCACACGAAGAUAUCUCAAUCCGUAUCCCUUCGACAGGUCACAUGCCUAUUCCUUCUCCAAAAAAAAGUCACUCCAGGAACUGAACAGAGUGCCUGGUAUCACCUUCUGCAGGUUCUCAGUAUCACCCUGACGGGCAACAUUUAGUUUCUCUAAAAUUCCUUUCUGCUUGGUGAGGACGGGACGUGGGCAAAAGACUUUGUAGAAGAAACUGAUAGUUCAUUCUUAAAUCUUUCCUACGGACGAGGUUGUCGCCCUCACGAAAUAUGGCAUCAGCACAAUGCAAACAAAGGGGCAUGAUGGAUGAUGAGUAGGAAUCGUGGAGUCUGGUUGUGAGUGAUACGCACAAUGAUGUCUGGUCAUGAAUGGAGGAUGCAAGGAUUGUGGCGCCUCAUGGGAAGUCCAUGAAGCAAUGGAAUGAAUAUUUGCCAGAAGACUGGCAGGCGAGAUGGUGUCUGAUCAACUUGGUGCACGACAUGGUGUAUGGUAGUAACAAGUGGGCAUGGUGUGAGAGAUGGCGCUUGAUAGGGCAUGAUAGUGUACAGCAUUGGCAUCUGGGUGAUAACCAAGCAUGCAGUGCAUAAGAUCUUUCUAGAUAAAGACUCAAGCAUAUAAUAUCACAGGGCAUUAUAUAGCAGAUGGCAUCUUAGAGAGCCCAAUGCAAAAUCUGCAACAGGGCCCCAUGUGUACCAUGUGUCAUUUAUACUACUUCUUCUGGGUACCCCAUAUGUAUAGGGUUGCCACCUGACUGGUAUUAUACCGGCACAGCCAGUAUUUUGGCCUCCCUGACAGUAUUUUAGUAUUAAAAAUACCAGCCAUGCAAUGGCCGGAAUUUGUCCAACCAAUCCUCCAACUCCCGGAAUGUUGCACCAUAACCUAUACCAGCAGGGCUCAAGUCCUGCAGGAACGCGUGGGAACUGAGUUCCUGCACUUUUUUCAGCAGGAACACCAUUCCCAUUAGCAGGAGUUCUGCUGGACAAGCCCUUGAGUGGACAUUUUGGGUGAGUUCCCACACUUUUUUUUCCCAGGACUUGACCCCUGUAUACCAGUGUUUCAAAACCAGAGCGCCUCCAGCUGUUGCAAAACUACAACUCCCAGCAUGCCCGGACAGCCGUUUACACCUUCAUGCCCGGACAGCCGUUUAUACCUUGAGGUCUGAAUUCCCUCUGUUUUGGUUAUUAUUUAUUUUUUGGCACUUUUGGGUAUAGUGCAACUCAGUACCUUGGUCUAGACUGAACGUAUUUAUAUUAGUGUGCAGCCACCCAAUUCAUAUUUUUCCUGUACUACUAUAUAGUCCAACAUGCUGGGAGUUUUCGUUAGGGGCAGCUGCUGAGCCACAGGCUGUAUCAGGGCAUGCUGGGAGUUGUAGUUAGUAACUAACUGCAACUCCCGAAUAAAAAAAAAAAAAAAAACAUUAAAAAGUGACAUCAAAACAAAAAUGGUUCUGUUAAAAACGACAGAUCUGGGUGCAAAAAAAAUAAGGAGGAAUAAAAAAAGUUAUAGGGAUCAGAAUAGGACAAAAUUUCCCCACAUAUGUGUAUCCUGUGAUGUCACGCAUAUAUAAUUAUGCAAAUUAGCAUGACAGGUAUAUUUAUUUUUUUGCAAGAAAGGUGGCAACCAUACAUAUGUACAGUAGGUAGAAGUAAGCCCCCCAUGCUGGGAAGACCUUCCCCAUGUCAGCCUGGUAACCCGUCUUUCCAUGGCCUCAUACAGGAGAACUGGUAACCUGGGCACACUGGGAAUCUGGGAUUCUGCACAUGGCGGAAUUUUCCGCAGCUUAAAAUUGCACACCAGAAAUUGAAAUUCAGGACUCCGCACGGACUGCAUUGCCGUCAACGGGAACGGCACAGGUCCACGUGGUCACAGCUGCUGUAUACGGAAUAUCCGCUGUGUGCAUGGGCCCUGAGAUCAUGAAGGGCCACUCAUAUUGCAGUAGAUAGAAAACACUAAUCUGGAUCAACUAGAAAUGACAUUUUUUUUUUCUUUUUUUUUGCCAAGGUCUUGCAAUGCACGUGAAUACAUGGCGAUCCAUAGCCUGCAGAUACAAUAUGACAACAUGGGUGCAUUUUGGGAGUUAGGGGGCAGUGGGACAUCACACGGCAUAAUUCUACCAGAAUGUCUAGCCAAAAGAUUUCCGGCCGCUCGUUCCACCCCUGGCAAGCGCCUACUCAUCAGAUGGCAUAGACGGCAAUGCAUUUAUGAGCGGAUUCCGCCGAAAGAAUUGACCAGUCAAUGGACAGGAAUUUCUGCGCCAGAUGUUUCCACCAUGGAAAUUCAGCCGCGUGCAGGGUGCAGCAGAAUCCCAUUGAAAACAAGAGGAACUCUGCUGCCGCGGAAUUUCUGAGUGGAAUUUUCCUGCUGGAUUCGCCCUGCGAACGAGGCCUUAGGGUCUAUUCACACGGCAGAAUUUCCGCCUCAAAUGAAAGUCCAUAGACUUCUAUGGGAUUCCGCACUCCCA